AUCUCCACCAUGGACAAGAACAGGCGUCUCCAGCACGCAACGCUUAUCAAGCACUCGUCCUUGCUGAAGUUCAGUGUUGCCCACUUGAACACUGCCUAUCGCAUCAGCUCCUCCUCGAACUUGGUGGGUUCUGUUAAAAGAAUCGAGAAGAGAUUGAGGGUUGCAGCUAAAAAAACCGGUCUGCUCAGCAACGAUGUCAGUGGUGAUGCUCAUCAGGACACCAGCAGUUGUAUCAAGGUCAAUGGAAUGGGAAAAGCUACAAUGAAGGUCUUGCAGGUGGGAAACAUCUUCAUUCAAAAGGGCUAUAAAGUUCAAUUCAGGACAUUGUCUAUCCAGCUACUAGAUGAGUUUGAAAUCACUCUUCCCAAGGACAAUAAGAAAAAAGAUGAUAAAAAGGAUCAUAGUGAUGAGAUCGACAUGGAAGUCGAUGAUGACGGGCAUCUUUGUGGAAAUGAAAAAAAUGGUGGUUAUGAUGAUGGUGACAAUGAUGACAAUGGCAAUGAUGAUGAAAGUGACAACAACGACACUCCCGAAAAUGUAUUUCAGAAAAGGUUUGUAAGUGGACUAGAAUUAAAAAUAUAUAUAAAGUUUUAGAUUAGAAAUUAAAACAUAACUCUUCAAUAAAAUCAGAAAAAACAACAAUUCAAACAAAAAUGAUACCAUCCUACAUGGAAAAUCAUUUAAUAAACUGCGAUGUAAUUGUUGAUUCUUUCUUUUUGAUUUUGAGCAAUACAUUCUGCAAUCCAAGUAAUAUUACGAACCUCUUGCUCUCUCGAUUUGAUCCAAGACCAAAUAGUACUCACUGAAAAUUGUUGAGCAAAUGCAUCUCGGCACAAAUCCAUCUCUAGUUGAUAGAAAUGAUCCUCUAAUGUCUUAUCACUAGAAUUCAUACUAUCAAAGAAUCCUUUGUAUUCUCCAACUUGUUCCACUGCAAUU